UAAAGGGCGUGGGGGAUGCUUGCAACUCCACAAGGGCAGGAAACCAAAACAGAAUUAAAGAUGUCCGUAGCCAUUCUAACCUCACUGCCUCCACAAUGGCUUUCCAUUCUUGCAGUCUUUCUCCUUCCAAUCCUCACUUUGCUUCUCUUCAGAGGCAAAGACGAUAACCAAAAGAAAGGACUCAAACUCCCUCCAGGUCCUCGACAGCUUCCCCUCAUUGGCAAUCUUCAUCAAUUGGGUGGCCAACCUUACGUCGAUUUUUGGAAGAUGGCCAAGAAAUAUGGCCCUGUGAUGUACCUUCAACUCGGUAGAUGUCCAACAGUUGUCCUCUCCAGCACUGAAACCUCAAAGGAACUCAUGAAAGACCGAGAUGUUGAGUGCUGUAGCCGCCCACUGUCAGUUGGUCCAGGACAAUUGUCUUAUAAUUUCUUGGACGUUGCUUUUUCUCCAUACUCGGAUUACUGGAGAGAAAUGCGUAAGCUCUUCAUUUUUGAGCUUCUUAGCAUGAGAAGAGUGCAGACGUUUUGGUAUGCGAGGGAGGAGCAAAUGGACAAGAUGAUCGAAAUCUUGGAUGGUGCAUAUCCAAACCCAGUUAAUCUCACUGAGAAAGUGUUCAAUAUGAUGGACGGAAUCAUUGGUACAAUUGCAUUUGGAAGGACCACGUAUGCGCAGCAAGAGUUUAGAGAUGGUUUCGUGAAGGUGCUUGCUGCAACAAUGGACAUGUUGGAUAACUUUCAUGCAGAAAAUUUCUUCCCAGUUGUUGGAAGAUUCAUUGAUUCUUUGACAGGAGCCCUUGCCAAGAGGCAGCGAACAUUUACAGACGUUGAUCGUUACUUCGAGAAAGUUAUUGAACAGCAUCUUGAUCCUAACAGGCCUAAACCAGAAACUGAAGACAUUGUUGAUGUCUUGAUUGGGUUGAUGAAGGACGAGAGUGCCUCUUUCAAAAUCACCAAGGAUCAUCUCAAGGCUAUUCUCAUGAACGUCUUUGUGGGAGGAAUCGAUACUAGUGCAGUGACAAUAACAUGGGCAUUCUCAGAGCUACUUAAAAACCCAAAACUGAUGAAGAAAGCACAAGAAGAAGUGAGAAGAGCUGUUGGUCCAAACAAGAGAAGAGUAGAAGGAAAAGAGGUGGAGAAGAUCAAAUACAUAGACUGCAUAGUAAAAGAAACAUUCAGGAAGCAUCCACCAGUGCCGCUGCUCGUUCCACAUUUCAGCAUGAAACAUUGCAAGAUUGGUGGAUACGAUAUUCUCCCAGGAACAACAAUUUACGUCAACGCCUGGGCUAUGGGAAAAGAUCCAACCAUCUGGGAAAAUCCUGAGGAGUAUAACCCAGAUAGAUUUAUGAACAGUGAAGUUGAUUUCAGAGGUUCUCAUUUUGAGUUGGUGCCAUUUGGAGCUGGCCGCAGGAUUUGCCCUGGUUUGGCUAUGGGAACCACUGCUGUGAAAUAUAUCUUAUCAAAUCUUUUGUACGGCUGGGACUAUGAGAUGCCCAGAGGAAAGAAAUUUGAGGACUUCCCUCUGAUUGAAGAAGGUGGCCUUACUGUCCACAACAAACAGGAUAUCAUGGUUGUUCCUAAAAAACACAAAUGGGAUUGAUUGAUUUUUGCUUAAAUUGAUCAUCCUGCUAUCACCAAAAGCUUGCCUCUGUUUUCCAAAUCUCCUCUUCUCUUCUGCAACAAUAAAAAAUGGAAUGAAGUUUGAGGACUUCUCUCUGUUUUAGAAGCUAGACCAGCUAGUAAUUACUCCCCAUGCUACUAAAAAUCGAUAUAUGUCUUCUUUAUUUCCCCUCCUGCAAUGAUUAUAAACAUGUGUGUUGUUAUUUGGUUCCUGUUAAUGAUUAUAAGGUAUUAAUGAGAAUGGUGUUCUUCUGAAAA